UUGUAAUUAUGCCAGUUAGUUGAUAUCAAUAAAUGACUGGAGUUGACCAGUAAUUGGCAAAAAACUUUUGUAUGAACAGAGAAAUUGAACACAUGCAAAGUUGAAUAGCCAACAAACGUUUGGUCUGAAUGGCAAUGCUCGUGCAUGGGUAUUUGGUUUGUUUAACGUCCUAUUAACAGCCAGGGUCAUUUAAGGACGUGCCAGGUUUUGAAGGUGGAGGAAAGCCGCAGUACCCGGAGAAAAACCACCGACCUACGUUUCAACAUGAGGCUAACUUGUAACGUUGAGGUUCUAAACCGAAUGCUGCCAACAGUGAAUAUGAAGAACAAGAGUAAAUCAGCCCACACCCAGUUGUCUAUAGGAAAGAAACCAGGGUCAGAAAAUCUAUUCCUUAUGAUGUGUACAGCAAAGGAUCGCAAUGGUGCCAAGUUUGUGAUCAAAGACAAUAUAGAGCAGGUUUUUGCACGAUUUGUCAGUGAAGGAAAAGCUACGAUUCGUGUGAAGGAGCCUCCCCAGGACAUCAGUAUCAGCAAAGCUGAUACCUUACAACUGAAGAAUUUUCUCUCUGUGCUUAGACUUGGUGCUCAAGGAAAAAGUUUGGACAAUAUCACUCUGUCACGGCUUGCUCCAGCUUCCAGCAAAAAUGUUGAAAAACCUAAAACAAGACUUAUCAUCAACUCAAGAAAAGAAUAUCCCCUAACAACAAACUUUCCCUCUCGUCUAGAAUUUCUACAAGUGUCACAGUGUCGAUUGAAAAAGGUGGAUUCUCGAAUACUGAAGUUACACCAUCUCGUUGAGUUAAACUUGAGUGAAAAUGUUUUAGAAAUUUUACCUGAAGAUUUCAGUAAUGUUCCUAAUCUUAGUUCAGUAACUUUGGCACACAAUAACCUUAAUAUUAUUUCUCCAAAAUUCUGUUUACAAUCCACGUUACAAAAUACUCUUCGUUUUCUGGAUCUCGGCCAAAACCAGUUGGAAAUCCUACCUCUUCAAAUUUGUGAGUUGCAAUGUUUGGUGACUUUAAAAAUUGAUAAUAAUCAGUUGAAAUAUCUUCCUCCAACGAUAGGACGAUUGAAAUGUCUCAAGUAUUUAUCAGCAGUAGGAAAUAAGAUUGAAACCCUGCCUGCAAGUAUGACUCAACUUCAGCUAGAGACCAUAGAUCUGUAUGGAAACCCAUUCCUACAAGAUAUCCACAACAGUUUACCAGACAGGUUCCCUGACAUCACACUGAUGGAAUGCUGUGCCAGAUCUAUAAGGAAACAUAGAGUGAAGUAUACAGAAGAGGAUUUACACUCCCACCUAUGUCGGUACUUAGACUCUGCCCGUCUGUGUUGGUGUGGAGGAUUCUGUUUCCGAUGUUCUGUGAACUUUACGACAAACCUUUCCCUCUCCAGGAUAGCGCACACUGUGUCCGCUGUAGAUCAGCUUGGCAGGACAGAAGUUCCAUUGAUGUCCUUUCUUUGCUCACCUCAGUGUCUUAGCCGAUUCCAGAAAAAUCCCUAUGCUUACUGGAAAAAGUAGACCUGAUAUACUGUUAUAAGUUCUGGUUAUAUGUGGUCUUAUACAGUACUUUCUGUAACCUAAGAGAUUAUUAAGGAUAGUUAUCAUUCAAUUCCUGUAAAUACAAUGUAUAUAAUAUUUAUUAUAAGGUCUGUAAAAAGGAAAACAUUGCAACUGAAAAUGUUUGGUGAAAUUGUUGUGAUAUGGCUGGCCAAUCAUAUAAUUAACUAUAAUUGUAUUUCAAGUUCAUUAACUUUUAAAUGCAAGGAAUAUCUUUGAAAAUAUUCUCCAAAAAGGUAAAAUGAGGUGUGUAAUUUUCAAAUACAUGUGCAUAUAUUUUGUAACAAUGAUCUUUUUUUUUUAGCUGUUCAUGCUGAAAUUAAAUGCAUGUAAUAC